CAAGCAUCGGUGGAGCAGGUGGAGCAAUUCGAGAAACCCUGACCCCAACUGGGGGAGAAAUAUGACGUGUUCUGUUGCAGUCGCAUCACGUUCGCAAGUAUAAAGAUUCUUAUACGACCGCCUAUCAGCCUCCACAGUACUUAUUAACCUGCUCAUCGGUACGCUCAUGGGGUCGCCCUUCGUUACUCUCCCGCCUGAGCUCUUACUCCUCGUCUUCUCGCUGGCAUCUAGUCAUCGUCCCACUGCUGUGGCACUAUCGCUUGUUUCGCACUGGGUGCACGAUCAUGUCGAACGCAACCUUUACCACACAGUCUCCCUCUCAUCCAGUCGUUCCCUCGUAGCAUUCAUUGCUACCCUCAACUCCAAACCAGAUGCUUUCGCGCAGAAUCUAGUGCAGAGGUUGAGCGUGACUGCACUGGGUCCUAUCAGCAGCAUAGAUGAAGUGCUGAAAAAGUGCACUGGCGUCAGAAGUCUCGUUUGUGGAUUUUCCGUGCCUUUAUACGUCCAUUGCGCUCGGGGCCUAAAGCAGCCCGUCGCGCCACUGGAGACCACGACAUUUCGCCUUCCUAUCGCACCCCACGAACAACACCUCAUAACGCUUGCUUGUCGAGAUGGUCUCGACAUGUCCAUUGUCUCUCCUCUGGUCACCCACCUCAGUAUGCAAUUAACACCUGCUACAACAUUUGAGAGUGUCGCUCGUCUCCGAGAGCUACCUUAUCUCACGCAUCUGGCGAUUAUGUAUAGGCACGGGCUGUAUGGAAGUGCUAGUUCCGUCAAGGAGAUGCUCGAACCCGUUUUGGAGGAAGGAAGACUCGGGAUCCUCGUCAUUCAUGUCACGGGUGCAGGGGGCGAGGCACACCGCAAAGAGAUUGAAGAGUGGCGUACUGAUUCAAUUCUCGGUACCACUAUGCAGAAGUGUCUUGGACACCGUCCCCCUACCCGAAUCAUAGCGAAACGAGCCACAACUGCUGUUCUUUCUCAAUGGGAGCAAGGAGAUGACAUCUGGGAUGUCAGCCCCUGACAAAUGACCUUAGAGGUCGUUGUGGAUAUGAUACAGUCAUCCUGCCCAGACCAAUUAGCCUAGUAUUAUGGUUUUGCAGCGGGGUGUCGUAUACACUGAGCUGAAGGAAUCGCAGCUGUAGAACAAGAUUGUAGUAUGGACCUUGUCGGACUUUCGUAGUCUUACAGGUGCUGCAUGUCGAGGCAAG